AUGCCGGUCUACCUGGUCCACGGCUUCCGCUGGCCUCGCGAAGGGUUCAGCGGCAUCCGCGUCCAUGCAGUCGUGCACAACCUCGACGACUGCAGCGUCGAGUACAUCCAGAACGAGAACUCACGGGCCGAGAUCCUGGCCAGUUUCCGCCGCGCAUGGCCGGAGAUCAUGGACGCGCUGGACGGGCCUGCCUUUGGCACAGGCGGGGGCGGAGGCGGUCCUGCUCGAAGCAACAGCAAACUAGAGUUCAUCGAGCAGUACAACCCGGACGAUCUGGAAGGGCCGAACGCGGUGAGCCAGCCGUAUGCAUAUGUGGCGGACAAGGUGGUCAUGAUUGCUGCGAAUCCCGGGGCUGCCAGCACAACCACCACGGCCAGCAGUGACACCAUAACACCCACUCGUGUACCGCAGGGAGUCCCCGCAUCCCGAGCAGGAGGAGGGGCCCAAUCGACGCCGCCCAAGACUCCCUCUAAGAAGCCACUUCUGUCGCCGCGAACGCCGACGGUGCCUGCGGCUAGUGCGGACACCACUACGGCGGGAAAGUCGGUGGCCGGACCCUUCAACUCCUCGAUCGCGCACGAUAUCACUGCGUUGAGCAUCAACGUCGACGAAGUGGUCGCCGAGGGACCAGGGACGUCGGCAAAAGCAUGGGAAGCGUUCGCGGACCUGCGCGACAAAAUCGCCGAAGGAGAAAAGAUUGGCUGGUGGGUUGUCUACAACGGGGAUCCAGACAGAUCGUACAACGAGGACGUCGACGAAGAUGCGGAAGGAGACGAGUACGACGCGGAAAUGGAGGUGGAUGGCGAUGAAGGUAUGAACUACGCCGGAUACCGCAACGAGAACAUCCAGCUGCAAGCCCGCCAACAGCAGCAGCAGCAACCUGUUGCUCGACCUCGCACUGCCCCGGGGGACAACAAGGCUCCUGGUCACCGUCAACCUGUGCCGUCUUCUAUACCUCACAUAGCCACCCAGCAGCAGCAGCAGCAGCAGCAGCGAGGCCUCACCGCCCUUCCAGUUCGGCCGGGCCCUCCAACGACAAGCAUGCCGACGGCACGUGCCCAAAAGGGAAAACAGAAGGAAAGCAUACCGGAGCCAGCUAAACUCAAGGAAACGGCUAAGUCUCAAGGGUUGCGGAAAAAGUUCUUUGGCAAGCGAUUGUGA